AUGAAAUCAGGUACCUCUCGGUUAUUCGAACUUUUGCCAGAUCCGUAUGACAUCUCGCAGAGACGAUUUUUCCGGGUUUGUUUAUUUAUCGAUGUCAAAAAUGCUCCGGAACUGAGACAAGCACUGGUAGAUGGAUCAGUCGAUGCCGCUUUGAUCAGACCUGAACUGGUUUUGGAAGUUUUCACGCUUUUAGCAGCAGCAAAUAAAGCUGUUCAUCAAGCUGCGCAUAAUCGACUUUCAACGCGGACGCUUCAUUCUGAAUUGUUAUACUCAUUAUCGCCUGACCGAAAUAUAUUGGAGGCAUUACUAACAUUUGGUAUUGCGGAAGAAAGCCGUAACCUUUUAGUCGGUAUAUUUGACGACGAAAGUGGUGAGAAAAUGGUUGAAGUAGCAAAGAAAAUUGAUGGUAAGCCAGUUCCGAUGACCAUACUACCUCAAAUGGCCGACUACGAGCGUAUUAAAAAGAUAUACAAAGUGAAAGAAUCCGAAUACAAUGAUGAGACAAUAAGUGACGCAAUAAUAACCCGAAUUGCUACCAAAGAUUGUAUUUAA